GUGUUGCCUCUUUUUCUCACAUCAACUGCAGGCAUCAGUUUAGGAGUAAACCACACGUCGGGAAUAGGCUACAGUGCUUUUACGUGACCGAGGACCGUUUUUCUUUGGGGUUUCGCGUGUUUUACUCCUUUUCUUUGAAGUCUUUUGUUCUUUACCGUUACAAAUAUGAAAGAAAGGAGAAAUACGCAGCCGUUGGUGGUGAGAUGUAAACUGGUUCUUGUUGGCGAUGUUCAAUGCGGAAAAACGGCGAUUUUGCAAGUCCUCGCGAAGGAUUGCUAUCCAGAGACUUAUGUGCCCACGGUGUUUGAGAACUACACCGCGUGUCUGGAACUGGAGGAACAGCGCGUCGAGCUCAGUCUGUGGGACACAUCAGGUUCUCCCUACUAUGACAACGUGAGGCCUCUCUGUUAUAGUGACUCUGACGCGGUGCUCCUUUGUUUCGACAUCAGCCGCCCAGACAUUUUCGACUGUGGGCUUAAGAAGUGGAAGACAGAGAUCCUAGAUUUCUGCCCCAGCACACGCAUUCUUCUAAUUGGCUGUAAGACCGACCUGCGCACUGACGUCUGCACCCUGAUGGAGCUGUCCAAUCAGAAACAGGUCCCCAUCACCCAUGAGCAGGGUUCCUCUAUGGCCAAGCAGCUAGGCGCUGAGGCCUACCUGGAGUGUUCAGCAUUCACCUCAGAGAAGAGUAUCCACAGUGUGUUCCGGACGGCCGCUCUUGCUUGCAUCAACAAGCUCCAGCCGCUCCCCAAGACCAGCCCCACCCGACGUCUCUCGAAGAGACUCCUCCACCUCCCCAGCCGCUCCGAGCUGCUCUCCUCUACCUUCAAGAAGGAGAAGACCAAGAGCUGCUCCGUCAUGUGAGUGGAGACCCAGGGCGGGGGGUGUCACUCCCCUCCCACACGCUGCUCCGAUUCCCCAGAACCCCUGACUGUUUGGUUCGGGGAAGGGGGGGGGGUUUCAUCACGAUGGCUUAAUCAAGAGUUGGCUCUUCUUCCAUGUUGAAUCCUUCCUCACCCCCCCUCAAAGUGAAAUCAAUUCAGAACAAGUGGACACCUUGUCCACUUUGUCCUGAAAUACUCUUCAGUGCAUAUCUCAUAUUUUUCAGUACUGUAUCUAGGCUUUUUGAUCAUCAGCUAACCAUUGUUCUAACUUGUUACAGUAACGGUAUGCAACCAUGAUGGUGUGACAUCACUACUAUUUAGGCACAUGUUGAUUUGUCCAAAUUGGAAAAUGUGCAACAAGUGACAAAGUUUAAACUUUGUGAAGAAAAAAUGCCUCUCAAGAAAACGCAUUGCCUAUUUUUCAAAACAAAUCUAGCAUGAAAAUAUAUCAGACGUUACUGAACAUUGUAUCCCUCCUACACUGCAGAGUGGGAACUAUAAGGUGUAGCAACGUGAGCAAAUCCGUGUUCUCCCAAAAGGGUUUUGGGCUCUUCUUGAUUUAGGCCCAACGGGGGCUGAUUGAGAGAGGCGUGGAGAGAGGAGUGUUUGAUUUGACCACAGCGAGAACAGAAGGCCAUUACACAUCUCAUUGUCUCACCUGUGAUAAGAGCAGCAGGUCUAGACAGACAGACAGACAGACAG